UAUAUACAUAUUAAUAAUAUAUUUUCCUGUAUAAAUAAUUAAAUAUUAUGCAUGCAUUUUUUAUUUUCUUGGAUCUUUGAGGACUUUGUUAUGUACGUGAUUAACUUUGUGGUCUUUAAUCGUUUCGAGAUAUAUAUCAACAAACAAUGAAAGCAAGAAGAAAUCUUUGUGCCCCUCAAAGUUAUCGCCGUUGAGAUCGUCAAAUUCACCUCUCUCUCUCCCUUUCUACUUAUCUGAAUUCAUUUGUAUAUAUAAUAAGCUGACAAAGCUACCAAGCUUCAUUAUCCAACUACUCAAAUUAUUAAUAACGCUUAAUUAUUAUCUUAUUAUAUCUAAUUACAAAUGGAUGUUGGACGGUGGAGAUUCCUUGCAGCUCUUCUUCCUCCGAUAAUUAUUUUGUUUUUUUCUGCAUUUUGUAGCUCUGAAAGAGGACCCAACUAUAGUUUCAUGCACAAUGCAACGGUAGCUCCAGCAGUAUCAUAUUACGACUACAUAAUUGUGGGAGGUGGCACGGCGGGGUGUCCUUUGGCGGCGACUCUGUCACAGCAUUACAAUGUGUUGUUGCUUGAACGAGGUGGAUCCCCUUAUGGCAACUCCAACAUCACCAACCUAUCUGCCUUUGGCGCCGCCCUAUCUGACCUCUCUCCCACCUCCCCCGCCCAACGCUUCAUCUCCGAGGAUGGCGUCAUCAACUCACGCGCCCGUGUCUUGGGUGGCGGCAGCUGUCUCAAUGCCGGCUUCUAUACACGCGCCGCCCCUGAUUAUGUUAGGGCAGCAGGAUGGGAUGGGCGGCUGGUGAACGAGUCGUACCGGUGGGUGGAGAGGGUGGUGGCGUUCAAGCCGCCAAUGGGACGGUGGCAGAGGGCGGUGAGGAACGGUCUAUUGGAGGUAGGGGUUGGGCCCUACAAUGGGUUCACUUUUGACCAUAUAACUGGCACAAAGGUUGGAGGCACUAUCUUUGACAGGGAGGGUCAUAGGCACACUGCUGCUAACUUACUUCAAUAUGCCAACCCCACAGGCCUCACUGUCCUCUUGCAUGCUCCUGUUCAUAAGAUCCUCUUUAGAAUUAGAGGGAGAGCAAGGCCCAUGGCCCACGGAGUGAUCUUUAGAGACUCAGAAGGGAACCGACACAAAGCUUACCUAAGAAAUGGGCCCAAUAACGAGGUUAUCAUAUCCUCUGGGGCACUUGGAAGCCCACAACUUCUAAUGCUCAGUGGAGUGGGCCCAGCACAGCAUCUUCGGGCCCAUAACAUCACCCUGGUGUUGGAUCAGCCCAUGAUUGGCCAAGGAAUGUCAGACAAUCCCAUGAAUGCAAUCUUUGUCCCAUCUCCUUCCCCUGUAGAGGUUUCACUCAUUGAAGUAGUUGGCAUCACCAGCUUUGGUAGCUACAUUGAAGCCGCCGGUGGUGAGAACUUCGCUGGUGGUACCGGAAGAGAUUAUGGGAUGUUUUCUCCUAAGAUAGGGCAACUUUCUACUGUGCCACCAAAACAAAGAACCCCAGAAGCCUUAGCCAAAGCUAUACAGCUAAUGGAUAGUCUUGUGGAUGCAGCCUUUAUGGGAGGCUUCAUUCUUGAAAAAAUCAUGGGCCCAGUAUCGACCGGGCACUUGGAGCUCCGAACCCGAAACCCGAAUGAUAACCCGAGUGUGACAUUUAACUAUUUUAAAGAGCCCUUAGACUUACAAAGAUGUGUACAAGGCAUUCAAAUCAUAGAAAAGAUAAUAGACUCAAAAUCAUUUUCUAGUUUCAGAUACGAUUACAUGUCAGUGCCUACAUUGCUGAACAUGACAGCCAGUUCACCUAUAAAUUUGUUGCCUAAACAUGUCAACUCAUCAACUUCUUUGGAGCAGUUUUGUAAGGACACAGUGAUGACCAUAUGGCAUUACCAUGGAGGUUGCCAAGUUGGUAGGGUUGUUGAUACAGAUUAUAAGGUUCUUGGAGUUGAUGCCCUAAGAGUUAUUGAUGGUUCUACUUUUAAUUACUCUCCUGGAACCAAUCCUCAGGCCACUGUUAUGAUGCUUGGAAGGUACAUGGGAAUGAAGAUAUUAAGUGAGAGACUUGCUAUGGAGGAGUCAAAGUGAUCAUUCAAUAUGUUUUCUAUUUGAUGUUAAGCUUCAAGAUUACAGUACUUAUAUAUUUAACUUGAAUGGUUCCAACAAAAAAAUUGGUACCUUUUACAUAACAAAAUAUGUUUAGUUUUACCAUCUAAUGAAUCCAUUAUAUAUGAUAGCUAGUAUAUUUGCUACUACCAAAUAUAUUUGAUGAGAAUAUUAAUACUUUUUGUACUGAUUACAUUACAAAAUGGAACAAGUCAAAGUAUUUGAAUUUCA